GGCGGGGGAGCGCCGAACGCUCCUCCCCGGCGCUCAGGUUCCUCCUCUGGUCCGGCCGGCUCUCUGCAGGCUCCCUCCCCUCGCCGGCGGCCGGCGAGUUGCAUUGGUAAAGCCCAGCUCGGGAAUAUAGCCUGGGAGCGCAAUGAAGGAGCCCUUGUGAGCGCGAGGGGUCUGCCCAGCAGCGACGUCGGUGGCUGCCGAGGCAGCAGCGGCGGCGGCAGCGGCGGCAGGAGCAGCGGGAGGAAGGAGAGCAGCUUUCCCAUCGCAGCCACAGGCGCGGGGAGGCAGCGGCGGAGGAGAAGGAGAAGGAGGACGAGGACGGGGAGGAGAGGAGCGAGGCAGGCAGGGCAGCCGGGCGCCGAUCGCACUUCCCCACCAACUCCGGCCCCUUCCCUUCCGAAGCCCGGCUCGGAGCUGGGGAGCGCCGGACGGGGGAGAGCCUGAGAGAAGGGGUGCCAGCUCUUGCGAGCGGCCGGCCGGCAGCCCGGCAGACACCGCCCCCACCCCGCCCGGCUCGUCCUCCUCUCCAUCCUCCGCAGCCCCCGGUGCGCCCCGGCUCCCGGGCUCCCGCGCCCCGGGCGCGCCAUCCCCGCUUCGGCCAGCCCGCGUCCCGGACAAAGCCAUGAAGCCAACCCUGUUCGAAGUGAUGAGGAUGAGUCGAAUUUGCAGGAUGGCUCUGGUCACUUGCUUGGGAUCCUUUAUCCUAGUCAUCUUCUAUUUCCAAAGUAUGUUGCAUCCAGUCAUGCGGAGGAAUCCCUUUGGAAUGGACAUCUGUUGUCGGAAGGGCUCUAGGAGUCCACUUCAGGAACUCUACAACCCAACUCAGCUGGAGCUCUCCAACACGGCCAUUCUGCACCAGAUGCGGCGGGACCAAGUCACGGACACGUGUCGGGCCAACAGCGUGACCAGCAGGAAGAGGCGGGUCCUGACUCCCAACGACCUCAAGCACUUGGUGGUGGACGAGGACCACGAGCUGAUCUAUUGCUACGUGCCCAAAGUUGCUUGCACAAACUGGAAGAGGGUCAUGAUGGUCCUGACCGGGAGGGGCAAAUACAGCGACCCCAUGGAGAUCCCCGCCAACGAAGCCCACGUCUCGGCCAACCUGAAGACCCUCAACCAGUACAGCAUCCCAGAGAUCAACCACCGCUUGAAAAACUACAUGAAGUUCCUGUUCGUCCGCGAGCCCUUCGAGAGGCUGGUGUCGGCCUACAGGAACAAGUUCACGCAGAAGUACAACACCUCCUUCCACAAGCGCUACGGGACCAAGAUCGUCAAGCGCCAGAGGAAGAACGCCACGCAGGAGGCGCUGCGCAAGGGCGAUGAUGUCAAGUUCGAGGAGUUCGUAGCGUACCUCAUCGACCCGCUCACCCAGAGGGAAGAGCCCUUCAACGAGCACUGGCAGACGGUGUACUCCCUCUGCCAUCCCUGCCACAUCCAUUACGACCUCGUCGGCAAGUACGAGACUCUGGAAGAUGACUCCAAUUACGUGCUGCAGCUGGCGGGAGUCGGCAGCUACCUGAAGUUCCCCACCUAUGCAAAGUCCACGAAAACUACUGAUGAAAUGACCACAGAGUUCUUUCAGAACAUCAGCAUGGAGCACCAAACGCAGCUCUAUGACGUCUACAAACUGGAUUUUUUAAUGUUCAAUUACUCAGUGCCAAGCUACCUGAAACUGGAGUGAAGAGGGGGGAAAGAGAGAAUCGUGCUUGUUUUUAUUUAAGAUUUUUAUUUGUCGAGAUAAAUAUAUGGAUAUUGGGUUAUUUUGUAAAUUAAUAUUUCUUUGGGGAUAGUGCUGCGAGCAGCACGGUUGGAAUUAUUUAAAAAAAAAAAUCCUCCUGGAGGGAAGGACAGCUCUCUUUGCGGGGUAACAAGAUGGCGGUGUCCUUGUUCUGGAAAUGAGUACUGCAAACACUGUUUUUCAAAGGUC